AUGUCCCCUCUCCGAGGUUACAUCACUUCGUACCCUCCGCGCAUGCGCCAGUAUGGAAACGCGUUGCUCACACCCAUCAACCCUCCGUCGCAGGCCGGUCCGACACCGCGCACUACCAAGCGUGGCACAACAGCAAUCAACUACGCCGAGGAUGGCUACGACGAUGAGGACUUCGAUGAGACCGACGGCCCCCGCCGGCCGACAGGGCUAAGGAGCCUUCGGCGCGAAGAGGCGAGCGUCGACAAGGUGUUAUAUUCAGAGAAGCUGGGCAAGGAAGUGCAUGCGCCAGUGGAAGUUCAGGGUCUUUUCCGCGAAUGGAUGAUCAAGCGAAUGCUGCGACCAGCAUGUGCCGACCAACUACAGAUCCAGGCUCAACUCCCGUUGACCCUGGUGCCCAUUCGGAUUGAUGUGGAAGUCCUUUCCCAUCAACCCCUCGAACCUUUCCCUCUCCCUCGCAACUCUGCGGACCCUGCUAUCAACCAGACCCUCCCUGCGUAUCGCCGACCCGACCCAUUACCUCCGUUCCGCAUCAAGGACACUUUUCUAUGGAAUCUCCAUGAGUCGCUCUCGACUCCAGAAGAAUUCGCUAUCGGGUUCGUGCGCGAUCUCGAUCUACCCAAUCCCCAAGCUACAACAAUGACCAUCAGCAACCAAAUUCGCCAGCAGCUGGAGGAAUACGCCGGUGUGGCUCUUCACCCACUUUUCCAAAGCACGGAAUCAGGCGCGGCACCCAGUCUUCCUCGGCAAACUGAUCCAUCACGAGAUACUUCGAUGACACCAGCUGCCGCAACUGCUGCGACACCUGAUUCCCGACCAAUUGUCACAGCCACCGUGGCACCUACCAAAGAGGCAUUUGUCAAUGACAGUCUCCUCAACCCCGAUGAUGCCUACCGGUGUCUGAUCACUCUCAACAUCAAUUUGCAGAACAAGCUGUACACAGAUAGAUUCGAGUGGUCUCUUUUACAUCCACCUGGCUUGGCUGAGGAAUUUGCGCGCGUCACUUGCGCAGAUCUAAGUCUCGGUGGUGAAUGGGUCACCGCUCUUGCGCAUGCCAUUUACGAAGCUGUGUUGAAAUUCAAGAAGGAAGUCUGCGAAAGUGGUGCCCUUAUUAGCGGCAUUAACGGCUACGGUAACGAUAUUGACAACCUUUCUGCCAACGGGGUGGAGGCCGGUUGGCGCUACGACCCCGAAACAAUUUGUGACGAGUGGCAGCCUUCGGUUGAGACACUGUCCAAGGAAGAAAUUGAACGUCGGGAGGGUGACCGUGAACGCCAGAUUCGUCGUUUGCGACGAGAGACGGCUAGAUUCUCAUCAACCACAGGUAUCACACCUGAUCUUCAAAGACAAAAUAGUAGUCACUUUGAAGUUGAUGGUGAAACGCCGCUGGGUCGGGGUGAGAGGAAUAAGCGCAAGCGCCGAUUCCGCAGUUUGAGCCCUAAUGGUAGAAGUGGGACCCCUGGCGGUCGUGGUACGCCUGAUGGUGGAUCAGGUGCUGGUUAUGGCGGCGGUGGUGGUACACUCUCUGAAUGGGAGCGUCAAAGCUGGAGAUGCAAGAACUGUGCAGUAUGGGGCACAGCGGUUUGGGCUGUACGAGAUGGUCCAGAAGGCCCACGGACACUCUGCCACAACUGUGGUCUACUCUACGAGCGCGAUAAGGUCGUACCAGAUUGGUCCAAGGACCUUCAUCGGCACGAUGUCCCCGUCGGCAGAUUUGGCUAA